CCAAACGAUCCCUACAAUACAAAUUUUGACCAAACAAAAAAGAGACCAAGGCCGCUGCAUCACUUCACAUAUGGCUGCAGUGCACCUCAAUCAAUCCUUCAACCAACAAUUAAGCCAAACGUGCCAAAAACAAGCCAUUGUCAUCGAAGAGAUCGAGGGGCUCAUCAGGGUCUUCAAGGACGGGCGAGUAGAAAGACCCCCAACCAUUCCCAAUGUCUCUUGCAUUGAGUCGCUAGACGCCGACGUGGCAUCUCGGGAUGUGGUGAUCGAUAAGUUUACCAACUUAUGGGCCAGGGUUUAUGUUCCCAGGCGUCCAGGGAAGUUUCUUCCGCUUCUGGUCUACUUCCACGGAGGCGGGUUCUGCAUCGGGUCACCUGCAUGGAGUUGUUACCACGAGUUCCUGACAACCCUAGCUUCCAAGGCAAACUGUGUGAUCAUCUCAUUGAAUUACCGUCUUGCCCCCGAAAACCGCCUCCCUGCAGCUUACAAUGAUGGGCAGAGCGCACUCAACUGGGUCAGGAGGGUCGGAUCCGAGGGAUGCAGCGAGCACAGGUGGUGGCUGAGCCACUGCAACUUAUCAAAUACAUACCUAACCGGAGAUAGUGCUGGGGCUAAUAUUGCAUACAAUGUAGCGAGCCGAAUUGGGUCCGCCGGACCUAUAACCCCAUUGGCGCUCAAGGGUUUGAUCUUGAUUCAACCAUUCUUCGGGGCAGAGGCUCGGACCCAAUCAGAACGGCUCACAGAUACUCAGACACCAGGCUCAGCCCUAACCCUAGCAGCUUCAGACACAUACUGGCGGCUCUCUUUGCCUCCUGGGGCUAACCGAGACCACCCUUGGUGUAACCCUUUAUCGAGCGGAACAAGUGCUCUGUGCAGCUUGAGUGUCCUAUCGGUAAUGGUAUUUGUGUCGGAACUCGACAUUCUUAAGGACAGAAAUCUUCAUUUUUGCAUGGCACUGGCUCAAACAGGCCGUAAGUCGGUUGAGACCGUGGUCUGUAAAGGAGUCGGGCAUGCGUUUCAAAUACUUCACAAGUCAACAUUGGCUCGGACCCGGACCUUGGAAUUGAUGUCUUAUAUUAAGGUUUUCAUCGACCACUAAUUAAUUUCUAGAUUGAAUCGUGGGUGAGUGAUGCUUAUCAGUUAGUGUGAUGAUCAGUAAUUAAUUUAUUAGUGGAGGAUUAGUGCUCAUUUCUUUUUUUCGGUCGAGGAUUAUGCUCAUUAGUUAGUGUGAUGAUCUCUUUCGUAUAGCUUACAUGUUCAUCUAUAUAAUAUGUGUAAUAGAUUGUGUACCUUACCAAAUUAGUGAAUUUGCCGAUUAAAUAUUGCAUGCUACUCACCUUAA